AUGGUCGAUGAAACUGCUGGGAUGAACAAGGAAUUUAAAUUCAGAUUUCAAAGUGGAUGGAAUAAUUGGAGAAAAGUGUCAGGAGUGUCGUGCGGUAGGAGAGUUCCAAUUAGACUCAAAGGUAAGGGGCAUAAGGCCGUAGUCAGACCAGCCUUAACUUACAAUAUAGAAACAGCACCACUGAAAAAGUUAGAAGAAAAGAAGUUAGACGUAGCUGAGAUGGUUGGAGGCACAAGGAGAGAUAGAAUAAGAAACAAUUACAUCAGAGGUACAGUGAAAGUAGUAGAAAUUUCUAAGAAGAUUCAGGAGGCAAGACUAAGAUGGUUCUGCCAUUUGAGGAGAAGAGCUGGAGAAGAUCAUGAAGGAAGAAAAGUCAUGGAAAUGGAAGUACAAGGAAACAGAAGAAGAGGAAGACCUAGAACACGAUGGAAAGAUUGUAUAAAUAAAGAUUUUAGGGAGAAGAAUGUAAAUGUAGCGCUGGUUAACAACAGGAAUACAUGA